AUGGAAGAAAAGGCUUCAAGCUCACCAAAUGAAGCAAGUAGGCAAUGGAACAGUAACAAGAAGCUGACCAGCCAUCCAACUCACAUACCAAACUACCUAAUAGCCUUUCUCCACAUCCAUAUAAACUAUUCUCACGUACCAACUCUAGACUUCGAUCUUGACUACAACAACGAAAGCAAAGAGAAGUAUUACCGUUUUGUUCAAUCUCUAUACGAAGUUAUUCUUUCACGAGAUUCGAAUCAACCAAUCCAAACAUUCCGCAUCAAGUGUGGGACUUCACAUUGUGAGCAAAGUAAUGUCAACGUAUGGGUUAAUGCUGCACUACAACGCAAUGUUGAGCACCUCGAUAUCCUUCUGUCUUGCAAUUUGAAUAUCAACUUGCCUUCCGCCAUUUUUAGACAUAGAACCCUCGUUGUUCUCAAGUUGAAUGGAAUAGCACUCAAAGCUACUUCAUCGGUUGAUUUACCCUCACUCAAAAUCCUGCAUUUGGACCUCGUUAUGUUUUUAGAAAGAAGAUAUUUCGCUGAACUUCUUUCUGGGUGUCCACUUCUUGAGGAUUUGGUAGCAAAGAAUUUCAUGUUUGAUAAUCGUUACCCGACAUCUUUAACUGAUAGAGAGUUUAAAGGAUAUCCAAGUUGGUCAGAGCAGAUAUUCAUAAACGGUUAUGAUCCUAUUAAUUUUGUGUUUGAUGAACAUGAGAUGGAUAGGGGGAUUGGCGAUGAUCCGAACCCUUAUGCCAAAGAUAAUAUAUCAGUGUUUCACAAUUUAGUUCAUAUUGAACUCACCUACUUUCAUUAUACUAUGAAUUGGCUUGAUGUGAUAGAAUUGCUCAACCAUUGCCCCAAGCUUCAAAUUCUUUUUAUUGAUCAGGAUUUCCGCUUCGUUGAUGAUUAUAAAGAGCUAGAUUGGCAAUACCCACUUUCUGGUGUUCCUGAAUGUAUUUCAUUGCAUCUUAAAACAUGCCAUCUUAAUGAUUACAAAGGCUCAAAAGGUGAAGUUCGAUUUGCAAGAUAUGUGAUGCGAAAUCGGAGUAGGAGGAACCAUCCAGAAGUGCGCAAACUUCACAAGUUCAUUGGAUAUGAUGUGGAUGAUGUGAUUGCUGACCAACAGAUGGAUACGGAGAAUGGCGAUGACCCAAACCCUUAG